AAGCCACACCAUUCCUUCCUUCCUUCCUUCUAAGCACAAAAGCAAAAAUAAAAAUGGCAGGAGGAGCUUUUGUGUCAGAAGGUGGAAGUGGUGGAAGAGAUUAUGAAGGAGGAGUCACAGUUUUCGUUGUCAUAACAUGUAUGGUUGCGGCCAUGGGAGGUCUCCUCUUUGGUUAUGACCUUGGAAUCUCAGGAGGUGUGACAUCAAUGGAUGAGUUUCUUAGCAAGUUCUUCCCACAAUUAGAGAAGCAGAGAGUAAAGGCGAAGCACGAGACGGCUUACUGCAAAUUUGAUGACCAAAAGCUCCAAUUGUUUACUUCUUCUCUCUACUUAGCAGCUUUGGUAGCUUCCUUUGUGGCUUCGGUUGUUACUAGGAAGUAUGGACGAAAGGUUUCCAUGUUUACCGGUGGACUUGCUUUCCUCACCGGUGCACUAAUCAACGCCUUUGCCAUUAAUGUUACAAUGCUCAUCAUCGGUAGACUUUUGCUCGGUGUAGGUGUGGGAUUUGCUAAUCAGUCUACUCCGGUUUACCUCUCGGAAAUGGCUCCAGCAAAGAUAAGAGGAGCGCUAAACAUUUGUUUCCAGGUGGCUAUUACGUCUGGAAUCUUGGUGGCGAAUCUGAUCAACUAUGGAACAUCUAAUAUGGCUAAAAAUGGGUGGAGGGUUUCUUUAGGUUUAGCAGCUGUUCCAGCAAUUCUUAUGGUGAUCGGAUCAUUCUUUUUGCCCGAUACACCAAACUCAAUGCUUGAGAGAGGAAAAUACGAGGAAGCAAAACAAAUGUUGAAGAAAGUACGAGGAACAGAAAACGUUGACCAUGAGUUUCAAGAUAUACGCGAUGCAUGUGAAGCUGCUAAAAAGGUAGAACAUCCAUGGAAAAACAUCAGGCAGAGCAAAUACAGACCAGCUUUAGUCUUCUGCUCGGCCAUUCCCUUUUUCCAGCAGAUUACUGGAAUUAAUGUCAUUAUGUUCUAUGCUCCUGUUCUCUUCAAGACUCUUGGUUUUGGAGAUGAUGCUGCUCUUAUGUCGGCUGUAAUAACCGGUGUAGUUAACGUGCUCGCGACCUUUGUCUCCCUUUACUCGGUUGAUAGAUUUGGAAGAAGGUUUCUUUUCCUUGAAGGUGGCAUUCAAAUGUUCAUAUGUCAGAUUCUUGUUGGUUCAUUUAUCGGUUUAAAAUUUGGAACCACGGGAACCGGAACCUUGACACCAGCAACAGCAGACUGGAUUCUUGUUUUCAUAUGUGUGUACGUUGCUGGAUUUGCAUGGUCAUGGGGUCCACUGGGUUGGUUAGUACCCAGUGAGAUCUGUCCAUUGGAAAUAAGACCCGCGGGACAAGCCAUCAAUGUCUCAGUCAACAUGUUCUUCACUUUCCUCAUCGGUCAAUUCUUCUUGACAAUGCUUUGUCACAUGAAGUUUGGUCUCUUCUACUUCUUCGCAGGCAUGGUUGCCAUCAUGACCAUCUUCAUCUACUUUUUGUUUCCAGAGACCAGAGGUGUUCCCAUUGAAGAGAUGGGAAGAGUUUGGAAGCAACAUUGGUUCUGGAAAAGUUACAUUCCAGAUGAUGCAGUUAUUGGUGGACAUGAUGAAAACUAAACCAAUUGUGUUUAAGUGGAAUUGGUUCGGUCAUAUAUGUUGAUCAAUUAUGAGUUGUUUUCAUGUUAAUACUGCCUAGAUAAUUUGUUAAUUACCUGAUUUAUUGUCUUAUAUAUACAAUGCUUCUUUAUACUCAUUUACAUUUUUUUUUUCUACAUUUUCUUGGUCUUGUAAGUCCCUUAUCUGUUAGAUCUUCUAGCUACUUUAUUCAACUCGGCUAUUUUUUUAAAGCUAAACUAGAUUCUGAUCGGCGCGGUUGAGCAGAAUUAUUUAUAUGUAUAUUUAUAUUUUAAAAAUUUUUAUUUUAUUAUCUGAUGAUGUUUUAUAAACUUCGGUUUACGUAAAGAUUGUAUUGUUUGAUUUUUGGUUUGGUUCCUGUUCGAUUAUGGGCUUUAAUUUUCCGUUCAAGAGAUAUAGUCGGUUAUUUAUGAAUAAGGGUUUGGUUUAAGUUUUCUAAUAUAAAUGUUUUGGUUUAGUUCAUCUAAUUCUGCAAUAAUACUUUAUUUACAGUGACAUGUGCGCUUGCGCAGAUUUUUUUUUCAUAGUUAUAAAUUAAUAUUUAUAUUUAAGAGUAUAUGAUGUUUGUUAAGUAUUAAGUACAUAAUAGUAGUCUUCAUUUGUUUUUGUGAUUGUAUUAUUAAAUAAAUGCAUUGUGGUCGUGUAAUUUCCCUACUUAAGAAAUUAAUCUAUUUUUCUUAGAUUACAUUUAAAAAUGUAUAAGUAUUUACAUUUUUAUAAAAUAUGGGUUUAAUCUUUUGGAUAAAUUUAAAUGUUAGAACCACAAUAUAAGUUCACAAUUAAAAAAAAACAUAAAAUGUUGUUUUGUAAAAUACACAUAGUGUUAAAGCCAUCAAAAUUAACUCAUUUUUUAUUUAUAGAAUAAUAAAUAACAUUUAUAUAUAUUUAUAUAUAAUAAUUUAUAUUCAUAAUUAAAUUACUACACCAAAUAAUAAAUAUAAAGAAACUUAAUCCAUUUAUUAACUAUUUUGUAAACUAUAAAAUAACAGAACAAGAUAUGUUCAUGAAUUUUACAACAUACUUCAACUUAUUAAACAAAUAUUAAGGUAAGAUAUGUAAACUAAUAAAUAAUUUCAUAUUUUAAUAUGUAUAUUUAAAUUAUAAAAUUAAAAAAUUAAAAAAAUAAUACAAUAUAUUUACCAAGUACGAGAUGGGUUGAAUGACAUAUAGUUAGUUUAUAUAAUAAAAAAAUAAAUUUUGACCAAUAUGAAAAAUUAAAAAUAAAUUCAUACAAUAAUUUAAAUCUAUAAAAUAUAAGUUAAAUUGAUACGAAGGAGUUAUAUAAUGAAUUAUCUUAUUUUCAUAAGAUUAUAUUCAUGUAAAGUUUACUUUAAAUUUUUUUUGUCGACUCUCAUCUUCUAAGAUCAAGUGGUAGCCGGACUUGAGUCAUUUCGAAGAUAAAUUAAUUCAAAAAAAUAUAGGAAAUUGCCACAAAUACCACAUUCAUAGUACAACUUUUCAUGUUUACACUAAUCACUUUUACACUCACUUUUAAUGAAGAGUAGAAGAUAUUUAUACCCCUAGUGUUAACUAAUCUAAACUUAGGGUUUAGAGUUGAGGGGUGGAGUAGGGUUUUUAGAAUAUGAAAUUUAGAAUUCUAAUAAAUAUAUAAAUAAAUACUUAAAACAUAUUAAAAAAAUUAAAAAAUAGUUUUAAACAUAAUUUUCGAUUUUCAAAAAGAAAAUUUGAAAAAAAUAAAAACAAUUUUGAAAAAAAAUAUUCCAAAAAGGAAAAUUAUAAAUAAGUUCAAAUUUGAAAAAGUAUAAUUCGAAAACAUAAAAAAAGAAAUUUUUAUUUAAA